ACAAACUGAAUGGUAAAUGUAAUUUCAAUGCGCGAAUAUCAUCUUAGUACUUUUCCACUUUUGUAUGCAUUUGUUGUUUAUUUUUAUAUUGUGUAUUAGAAUAAGUUCUUAUCUUUUAAUAACGUAUGGGCCGAUUUUCAUCCGUUCACGUUCCCGGAAAUAAGCGGAUACAUUAUGUCAACUGGAAUGCAUUAUGCAUUCUCCAUCUAUGAUAUACAAUGUAUAUUGAAACAAUGUAAUGCAACCUCGAACAGUUGGUACAAUGUAACACUAGGCUGAAAAUUCAGUGACAAUUAAAAACGGCACGUGUCGUCCAUGCGAGUGUGUGGUAUUAAACCAUAGUCCAUAUUACAUCCUCUUUGAAUUGGCUCGUGCAACGCGCAUUUUCAAAACAAAGUGGUUCGAUACGGAACCGUUUAUUUUCCGUUUGAUUUAACGACAUGGUUUUUUUUCCAUUCCAACAUUUUGGAGCCACUGUAAACUUGUUCACCAAUUCUGAUUAGCUUUGUACCGAAUUAACUCACCGAAAUGAUCAAAUCUUCGACUCAUUUGGAUUUUUCUCUGAAAAUUUCGAAGAAAAUUAUCUCAAUUAAGGUACAUUUUAUCCCAAGUGAACACAAUAUGAAACUUCCAUGAUGGAACAAAUUUUGGGCUUUUAUCAAAGCCAAUUGUGUUCAUACAUUUUAUAGAUGCAUCCUCUACGGAUUUCAGAUCAAGCGAAAGAAAUAAUACCUAAUGUUGAUUUCAACAAUUCAACAUACACGACGAUUACAUAUUGAGACAUCGAUUUCAAAGAUGAUACUAGCGGUCGUCUCGCAAUAGACUGAAUACAGCCUGAACAACGAUAAGUCUCUGAGUCAGAGACUCUCUGACUCCCAUGCAUUUGUCGAAUAAUUCGAUGAACACCGCUGAAUUUCAAACUUGGCGCACUGUUUAGAUUCAAUUUCAACACAAAUCGAUUUGAAUUACAUUCAUGUACUCUCUGGAAUGAGGGCAUUGGCAUCGGCUUAAUUUUACUUUCAUGACUCAAUAGAUGAUUCGAAUUUGCGCACCAGUAAGACAGUGACAAUUUGUAAGAGAGCCUGUUAAUCAUUUUAUGAGCAACAAAAAUUUCAAAGUGAAGAAAAAAAGUCAAGAAUAAAUUCCAUUAAAAAUACAAAUAAUCGGACGUUGUAGCGAUAAGUGGUGACUUUGAGACUUUGUAUAUAUUUUGCUUUCUCGUUUUGUGCUGAGAAAUGAAGUCGACGCGAUUACUACCGUACUACCCAAAUAUACACGCACUCUACUCUCAGAAUGAACAUAUUUUAUUUCACACAGCAUCCGUUUAAUGAACGAAUCAGCCUACUACAGAACACGAAGCGGGCGCGCGCGCGUCGAUAUCGCAUUUAAUCUCGCAUUGUUUUAUAAUAACAACGGCAGUGGGUCAGCGACGGCAUGGCAAUCAUUAAAAAUAUCAAUACAAUACAGUUCAUUUUUCCAACCGUCAAACCAAUGUGUUUAACCUCAUCAUUCAAUAAAUGUAUUGGUUCUAUUAAUUAGUGCACGACAUCGGUUAUCAAUUGAAUGUUGAAAUAGCGCAGUAGUCAGCAGCACAGUUACAUUUCAGACUUGAACAAAGUAACAACUUAUCGCGCAACCAAAUGUGUGGGAAUCGUUUGCGCUGGCUUGUGAAUACAGUUUUUUUGUGUGUGUGAAAUUUUGUCAGCGUAAAACGGAAUUGGCUUUUUUCAACGAUUGAACCAUUUGUUGCUUUACUUUUUGGUUAAUAUUAAAUAUUCAUUUCUUUUGGUCAUUUAUUAAAUUAGUGUAAUUUUAUAUCCUCGAUUCGUCGAUUCAAACUUUGCAUCGUCAUUUAUUUUCAUUCCCUCCGAAAAUGGGAAUUUUAUGUGAGAUUUUGUUUGACAAAAAUCCAAAGCGAAUUUUCUACACGGGCCAAUCAUUACACGGAUCGAUUCGAAUAACAUUGAAAAAUGAUAAAUAUGUUCGUGGAAUUUUUGUGAAAAUCAAUGGUGCCGCAAUAACAAUUUGCAAAGCGGAUAAUUUCGGAGAAGAUUGUUUGAAUGAUCGCCUGGAGAUAAUCGGUGAUACACGUUUGGCAGCUGGAACUCAUGAAUUUCCAUUUCAAUUUAAAAUCCCCACACAACUUCCAUCGUCUUAUGAAGGUGAAUAUGGUUUCAUUCGAUAUAUGGUGACGGUUUCUGUGGACAUUCCGAAAAUUCCACGCAAAGAAUUUGAAAAACGUAUUAUCAUUCUUCGAUUGACGGACUUAAAAGACACAGAGCUGCAGCGACAAGUGGCUGUGACGGGCAGAUUUAAUCCAUAUUUUGUAUGUUCUUGUUUGCCUUGGUUUCCGCUUAAAAUUGAUGCUUACAUCGAUCACACGGCAUAUGCUCCCGGUUCAAAUAUUGAACUCGAAAUCAAUGUCACCAACAGAAGUUUCUGCAAAAUACACGGCUUUGAAGCGCAAUUAAUCAAGGAAGUGACUUAUGUGCCUGUCCUUCAGUCAAUUGAAAUAUUGAAAGAAGUUAAACUGCGCGGAUGCCUUCAGAAUCACAAAUAUACCGUUUGUUUUGGGUGCUUUAUUGAAGUGCCACCAACAUCUGCCACCAAUUUAAUUAGUAAAGUUAUCAAAAUUCGACAUUUCAUUCGGAUAACAGCGUUAAUGAGAAAGAAAUGCCGCCCGGUCAUCGAAGUGCCAGUCACAAUUGUUACUGCUUCAGAAAAUCAACGUUAAUUGCAAAUUAAUUCUUUUUAAAUCAAAAUAAAAGGCGGCUGAAUGAAAAUAAAAUGAUGACGUUUGUUCAUCUGUUAAUAACAGA